AUGUGUAAUUGGUGUUGUAAGAAAAAGAAUGAAUAUCUUUGCUCCAAAUAUAAUAAAGAGAAGCCUUCACUUGAGAAUAGCCAUAUUACUGUAGAAGAAACUAAACGUUAUAGUAAAAGUACUAGUCAUAAUUUUUAUAAUUGUAGGUAUAGAAAAAUAGAACCAUUUGUGAAAAAAGUUAAAUGUUCAUUUUGUUCUAAGUUAUAUUUUCCUAAAUAUCAUGAUGAAGGUUUUUUAUAUUUGAAAUCUCUUCCUGAUGAUGAUCCUAGACGUUCUUUACUUUGGAAUUCCAAUUGGUAUAAAGAUGAUGAAAAUAAUUAG